AUGUACGAAAUCAAGUGCGUGACCGACGACAUGCUUCAAGAUGCAGCCAAACUCUUUUCUGAGAACUACGGCAUAUGGGACCCUUUUGCUGAACAAAACAUGGGAGCCUUCGCGAAACAAGGCCGACGCGUUCGCAUGAGCCCUCAAAGACUCAAGGACCAGUGCAUCCCAACAUCCGCACGUACCACUUACGUUCAAGCCAGAGUCAACGACGAGCUCGCCGGCAAUGUCUUUGCCACUCGCUGGACCUACGAAGGCUGCAACGUGUGCUGGAUCACACAGCUCUGCGUUAGUGCCAAGUAUAGACACCAAGGACUGGCAACAAAUCUUCUGGUCAAGCUUCGCGAAAACGAAAACGAUCAUGCUUUCGGUAUCUUGAGCUCUCAUCCUUUCGCAAUCAUGGCUACCCUUCGUGCCUUUGGACACGGUCUUGAGAGAGUGGACUUGGCUAUAGCAAGGACUCUCGCCAGCAACAUCAUGAACACUUCUCCCGUCGGGUAUGUCCGAGCCGCCAAACUCCAUGGCUCGCUGUUUGACGACAAAGCAUCUGAUGGUACCGUGUCAUGCGCUGAUACCGACUUUUUUGUCGACCAUGCGGAGCCUGAUACCGCAUUGGAUGCAAUCCUUGCUAAGGGUAUCGAAUGGCCUUUCGGAAGACUGCCAGAGGGGCAUGAGUUCUUGGCCUUAGUAAAACGUUCAUAA